AUGACUUGGGCUUUUCUCGGUUUCCUGGCACCCCUGCCGGCUUGGAGGUGCGAUCAUCAUAAGACGAUAGGUGCUGGCAGCUGCAAUUCGUUGCAUACGGGGGGCGCUCACUGUUCCAGGCUGCGCCGUGCGGCCCUUGUGCGGGUACCAGGUCUCAUAAAUCCUGCUCCGUCUCUGUGGUAUGCUAAGCGGCGCAGCUGCCGGCGCAGUGAGAGGUCAGCGCCUCUGAAUCUGACAUCCUCAUUCGCCUCCCUGGGUGUUUUCCCGGAACUCGUUACAGCACUCGAUGCGGUGGGCAUCCAGACCCCAACUGCCAUUCAGACCCGCGCCGUUCCUGCGAUUCUCGGAGGAGCCAGCGUUAUCAUCGGAUCUGCGACAGGUUCAGGCAAGACCCUUGCCUACUUGCUCCCAAUAGUACAAAGACUCAAAAGCGAAGAACAGCAGGUCGUCUCGGAAAUGCAGACAGAGGAAGCGGCUGAAAUGAUGCGGCGUGGGCGGCAUCCCCUGCGCAGACCAGGUGCACCGCGAGCGUUAGUCAUUACGCCGACUCGAGAGCUUGCAGAGCAAGUGCUUGGAGUCUGCAAGCACCUAUCGCACUAUAUCAAAAUUCGUGCGGCUUCGGGUCUGGGCGUCCGUCGCAUAGUUCGCGCGCAGUUGGAAGAGCAGCCUGUCGACAUCCUGAUCACGACAAGUGGACGUCUACUGCAGCUCCUGGACGAGCAACUCAUUCGACUGCGAUCUGUGCAAACUGUCGUUCUCGACGAAGUAGAUACACUGCUGCUGGAUGAGGGAGGAUUCCACGACGAUAUUCGACAAAUCAUGGGAAAAGCCCGCAAUACGCAGCAGUUCAUCGCCGUCGGAGCGACGCACCCCACUGCAGCGCAGAAGCUCUACAGAGAGUUCUGUCCAGGUGCAAAACCCAUCACUGUGGAUCUCCACCAGACACCAUCGAACCUGCGUCAGAGGUUUAUUCGUGUGAGCGGUGCGAACGGCAAGACCGAUGAAAUCCUCGCGCUUCUCAAGGAGGAGACUCAUAAGAAAACCCGUUUGCUCUCCGGAGGACGAGUUAUGGUGUUCUGCAAUACGGUCGACAGUUGUAGAUUUCUGGACUAUUUUCUGCAGGAGCACGGCUUCACUACAGCGAAUUACCAUGGUGACAUCCCGAAAGACAGGCGCGAAGAAGAAUUUCAAGCUUUUGUACGAGGCGAACGGCAGAUUCUCGUUUGCACUGACAUUGCGGCACGGGGACUCGACUACGACCACAAGAUAGAUCAAGUGAUACUCUUCGAUUUUCCGCGCACUGCCAUAGACUACUUGCAUCGGGCCGGGCGCACCGCUCGGGGUCCCUCGGGAACCGGCACCGUUACCUCUCUCGUAACAAAAAAAGAUUUGCCACUAGCGAGCUUCAUUGAGGACGCAACUCGCAUCGUAGGUGUAGACCUCGUGCAGUACUGCGAGACCAAAAUGCGUGAAGCCGUGAAACGAGACGAAAAACCCACGAACGUGAACGCGUCCAACGCGCCCCGCUCCGGUACUCGCCCUGGAUCACGUACACGUCCUGGACCUGGUGCACGUCCUGGACCUGGUGCACGUCCUGGGCCUGGUGCACGUCCUGGACCUGGUGCACGUUCUGGACCUGGUGCACGUCCUGGACCUGGUGCACGUCCUGGGCCUGGUGCACGUUCUGGGCCGCCAAAGUGA